AUGGUCUCUGCCACUAAUUUUAGAGACUGGUUGUUGAAUGUUUUGAGUCGUGGUCAGCCUUCGAUGUUCGAGGAAGCUCUAAUGGUUUCUUGGUCCAUAUGGAAGGAUAGGAAUGACUUCCUAUGGAAUAAGAAAAUCAAUGUUAUAGCUAAUGUUAUUGUAUAUGCACACUUGCAAAAUACUGGGGCGUUACAACACUCUGUCCUUAACCAAUGGAAUUUGGCUCGCUCAAAUCGCUUUGAGCUGCUGCCAGUAAUUUUGCAUACAUACAGUAGCGGUGAGCAUUGGACUGCACCUGAUGUUGGUUUUGUUAAGGUCAUUGUAGAUGGAGUCGUGUUCGCUGCCUCACAGUCUUAUGGUGUGGGUGGUAUUGCCCGUGGAAAUGAUGGCAGGGUGAUUGAAGCCUUCUCCUUACACAAAGCCGACUGUGUUCAUCCAAGUUUGGUGGAGGCAAUUGGUGUCAUAGAGGCACUAAGUUGGGUUAAAAAAAAAGGUUGGCAACACACUACUAUUGAAAUAGAUUUGCUUGUGGUGGUUCAAGCACUUGAAAACAAUAUUGUAAUGCAAUCUGUUUUUGGUUCUGUUAUUGAUUGUUGUCUUAAUCUUCUUAAAUCUUUGGUCAAUGUUCAUGUUUGUUAUGUUAAAUGA